AUGACUGUGGAUAAGAAGAAGAUCAGACAGCAGCAACAGAAAAAGACAUCCUCCCACAUAUUCUACUCCAAAGUUCUCUUCGUUCUCUCACUCGCAAUCCUCAUCCUGGCGAUCUUCACUUCAAGAAUCAUCUCCUCCUUCCCCCGGCUCUCCCUGAUUGCCACCCAUCUGACCGGCAGUACUACUACCAAUACAACAAUAGUAGCCACCAGCCGUUCAACAAUCACAACCAUGUCCUCCUCCCAGUACGCAAAGGAGCUCGAGGUAGCUCAGCUCGCCGUCCAGCGGGCCGCCCGCCUCACCAAGCGCGUCUUCCACGAGAAGGCCAAGGGCACCGUCUCCAAGGACGACAAGUCCCCCGUGACCAUUGGCGACUUUGGCGCUCAGGCGCUCAUCAUCAGCGCGCUCAAGGCCAACUUCCCUUCAGACGAGAUCGUGGCCGAGGAGGAGGCCGCUCAGCUGCGCGAGGACACCCCGCUGCGGGACCAGAUCUGGGAGCUCGUCAAGUCCACCAAGCUCGACGACGAGGCUGCCGAGCAGCUCCUCGGUGGCGCCAUCAAGGAUGCCGAUGCCAUGCUGGAGAUCAUCGACCAGGGCAACAGCAAGGGCGGCGCCAAGGGCAGGAUAUGGACUAUCGACCCCAUCGACGGCACCAAGGGUUUCCUGCGCGGUGGACAGUAUGCCGUGUGCUUGGGACUGAUGGUGGACGGUGAUGUCAAGGUUGGCGUUCUCGGCUGCCCCAACCUGCCUGUGGACGACGCUGCGCCGUUGACUGCGGAUAUCGGCACCAACGCAACUGACGAGGGCAUGGGCGUCAUCUUCUCGGCCGUUCAGGGCCAGGGCGCGACCAGCAGACCCCUGGGCACCGCUGGUCUUGCCGAGGGCAAGUCCAUUGCCAUGAAGCCUAUCACUGAGAUGUCCAACGCGAGCUUCUGCGAGAGCGUGGAGGCGGGUCACUCGGAUCAGGGCGUGGCUGGACAGAUUGCGAAGAAGCUCGGUAUCACCAAGCCUAGUGUGCGGAUGGAUUCCCAGGCCAAAUACGGCUCUAUUGCUCGCGGCGCGGGUGACAUCUACCUCCGUCUGCCUACUUCCAAGUCUUACCAGGAGAAGAUCUGGGAUCACGCUGCCGGAGAUCUGAUUGUGCGCGAGGCUGGCGGACAGGUCACUGACGUGAAUGGAAACCGUCUGGACUUCAGCGUCGGUCGCACGUUGGCGGAGAACAAGGGUGUCAUCGCGGCGCCUGCUGCCGUCCACGACCAGGUCAUCAAGGUCGUUCAGGAAGUCCUUGGUCAGCAGUAA